AUCAAGUCCGCUGCAAGGGUUAAGUUGGUUCCCUUAUGAUAGGAUAUUUGCAUUUGGAUAACUAUCAACCGCAGCUCCGAUGUCGAUGCCGACAUUGUUCCUACUUUCUGUAUAAACACAGAAUUUACCGCGAGGCAGUAAUAUCCACUAUCCACAAUAUUUCAAUGCCGCUAUGAUAAGCUCGCUCAGGAUACUCCGUAGACAUGAAUUUAGGGUCUCGCAAAACAGCAGAGCAUCUAUACGGUCUGCAUGUUUAUCACUAUAAAAUCAGAUGACUUUAUUUUUAUACAAUCAGAUGACUGUCUUGUCUAUGUUGUGGAAAUUUUUAAUGCGUUUCAGAAUGUGCGAUCACUGCGACGUCAAGAUGAAGCCGCAUGCCAUCGCUACUGCAGCGGUGCUAUAUCGUGUACCAACCGGUACCGUGUACCGGUACUUACUAUAGUGUGACUGUGUGAGGCUAUUGCUUGGCUUUAUUUUGUCGAUCAUAGCUCGUUAUACUGGUACUUAACUUUCCUGCUCUUUUUUUGGUGUCUUUAAGACUUACAUCGGGGAAAAUGUCCGUGUUGGUUCAUCCAAAAACAUCAUGUGGCGCUUCUGCUCCAUCAACAAUUUGCCCAAAAUUGUGUGUGAAUGAAACGCCCCAGCGUACCGCUGUGCCUAUUCCGUGAAUGAAUGAAUCCUACUUCCGCCCACCGUGCGUGGAUGGUCUGUCAGCCGCCCUCGGUUGUGAGAACGACUGUCGCUACUGUUUUGUCCGCAACGAUGCACUGGCCGAAGGAAUGACGGAGCGUGAAUGGCGCACUCCGCAGAAAGUGGAUUUAGCCCCGGUCAUCGCCAAAGCCAGUUAUAAACGCGACGGACCGGUCCAGUUCCCGGAAACGAAGAAACACGUUGCCCAGUUUGAAGAUCUAUUUUCAAAAAGCGUUUCUCGUUCGACCAGACUUUCUAACAGAUGUCACGAAUGUACAUACAUUUUUUCCGGCAAUACUGAACAGAUUGCCUUACAACUGCAAUGUGGAAAGAGAAUGGAUCUGAUCUGUGAUUGAUUCCUUUAUUAACGCCGCACCAAAAUAUUCUACUUACCGGCAAAUCAUCUUUGAACUGGAUUGUUUUCCCGGAAGUAUAUCGUUCUCGCAUUGACUUUUACCAAAGAAAUACAAAUUUAUUGGAGAGUAAUUAUGGCGGACAUGACUGGCCGGCGCAAGCUUGUAGCAGUAUUAUUGUGGCUCUUUCCUAUCCUACAUUUUGCUCCCUGGAGCCUCGCAAGAGCGACGGCAUGUUCGGAUGGACAAAUAACGACAUUUGAAUUGAUAACCGGCGCCAUUUUCACCAGCGAUAAGGGGAAGAUUAACAGUUUCCAGACAUUUGAUCUAAACGAGUGCAUCGCCUCCUGUCGGAACAAUCCCAGCUGUGCGUCGGCCAAUUUCGAAACCGGAUUAUGCACAACUUCACAGGCCACUGCGGCAGUCAAUCCCGAAAGCCUCCGCACCGAUGACUUCCCGGUGUUCCCUAAUUAUCUGGAAAAACUCUGUCUUCAAGCACCGAGUGAUUCUUGUGCGAAAGAUUGGAGUUUCCAGGGCGUAAUUGGAUAUUACCUGCCGGGUUACGAUGUCAAAGUGAUUCCUGUGCAACGCAAAGAAGACUGUUUGAAUGCCUGUCUGAAGGAAGACAGCUUCCAGUGCUUUUCGGCGGAAAUGCGCUACAACAACAUGACAUGUGCGCUCAGUAAUGUCAGCCAGUCGUCGCUACAAGUCAAAUUGCAAAAGGUCACCGACCCCACACUCCGCGUCGAUUAUUUCGAAAACAACUGUGCUUAUGAUCCCCGGAUGUACUGCGAGUACAACCGCGUGCGCGGGCGGGUCCUAAAAGCCGCCGACAUGGUGCGCAGUAAAGUGGCCAAUCUGGAGGAAUGCAAAGCUUUGUGCCUGUCGGCCAAUUUCUCCUGCAACUACUACCACUACGGCCAGCUGUCGGAUGACGAGUGUAGUCUCAGCCAUCACACCGCUGCCACCGUCUCCCACAUCAACGAGCCCUACGUCUUCAGUGCCGACUUCGUGUCCUACGAGCUGAGGGCGUGCUUUGCGGUGGAGUUAAUUUGCGAGGCCAAGCGCAUGACGGCUCGCAUCGACACCAAUCGGGUAUUCGACGGACUCGUGUAUGCCAAGCAGCAGCCCAAAGCCUGUCUGAACGAUGUGAUCAAUUCUACUGAAUUUGAAUUGAGCAUGCCGCUGGACGGCACGCAGUGUAAUACGGCCAACAAUGGACACGGAAAAUAUUCCAACUAUAUCAUGAUUCAAAAUAACGACAAGAUCGUCACCUCCAAAGAUGUCGGACUCAGUGUAUCGUGCGAGUACGACCUUUCCAGUCGGAACGUCACCGGCACUCUUAGUACAAAUGGUGCACCAAGCAUAACCGAGAACGUCAACUACAAAGUGCCCUCACCCAUCGUGCAGAUGAGCAUUCGUGACCUUAACGGCAAUCCAGUCGUGUCGGCCACGGUUGGCGACAAGAUCUUUCUGCAGUUCGACUUAGCGGCAGCCGGCUCUGCGGAUAUUUACAACAUCUUCGUGAAAGACGUCAUUGCCGUAGACGGAGCGACUACGGCAGCGGGACGAUCCAAGAUUAAGAUGAUUGAUUCCAACGGAUGUCCUUCUGAUGAUAUUGUCUUGGGCCCGGUGGAGUCCAUCAACGACGGGAAGACCGUGCGUAUUCCUAUCGAAGCCUUCAAAUUUCCCUCCAACGAUGAAGUGGAAUUCAUGGCCAUGGUCAAACCCUGCCAACGUCAGUGUGAACCCGCACAGUGCAUCGACGAAGCCACGCAGAUUGUCUAUAACAGCUACGGCCGACGUCGGCGCCGUCGUGACCUCACGACAGACGUCGACACUAGCGACACCGAAUGGGUCCGCACCGUUGCUAACAACACUCACGACAACGAAUUCCCGAAUGUCACUAAAGGGCCGGGAAAAGACAAAGAUGUAAUGGUCCGUCAACGGAUCAAUGUCAAUGAUUUCGCCACCAAAACUAACAAAAAUUGUCCGGGCGGGGAGUGUCCCGGAAGUGGUGCGUUAUACGCCAGCCUUACAACAGCCGGCAAUAGUGGCAAACUGGUCAUGGACAGUACCGGCAUCGUCUGCAUCCACAAACUAGCCAUCGCCGUGGGCGCCUCCGUCGUGCUCCUCAUCCAGGUCGUUUCAGCCGUGGCACUAGCCUUCAUCUGCCAACGCUACCGCACCCAACGCACAUCCCGUUUCAAAGCAAGCCUGGACAUUUCCGCCCCCGUUAACCACCAUCCCAACCCGGCCUCUACGAUCACUUCCGGGAAGAGUAGCCGGGUACAGGCGUAUCCGGAACGUCAGCAGCGACUGGAGGUCCCGCUCAGCAGCGGCAGCAGUGAUGGGCGUAGUGAGGCGGGAACACCCGGAUGCUCUUCGGUGGCCGGGUACGAGACUUUCCCACACCAGGACCGGGAUCGCGAUGAGGGCGGCAGCACGCAGGUGGUGCUCAAUAGGAAGAGUAUGCAUACGGAAUUUGACAGUGGUCAUUGUGCGUAACUGGACGCAUGACCUUUGAUGUUAAUUAUUAGCGUUGUGCUAUUGUUUCCCCUUGUUGCCUGUUAUAAUUUUUAUUCCUAUUAAGUUUGCUGUUUUCUGGGUUCAGUUUUGUUGUAUGGGUGAGAUUUCGCGAUCUGCUAAACAUUAGAUUUGCAGCGGAUGACGUUCAUGAUUAUCAAAAGCUUUUUUGCCGACAAAAUUCUUUGUACUGUACUGGACUAAAGAAAUAUUUCGCUCCAUUGAAUUUAAAAAACGAAAAGAUAAUAAAAUAA